UAGACAGAGCAGCUCCUCAGGCCUCCAGGAUGCCCAUCCCUGCCUCCCGGCCCCACCCCGCUCCUCCUUGCCUGCUGCUGACUCUGCUGCUGGGACUCACAGGAGCAGCAGGUGAGGAGUUUCAGGUGAUUCAGCCUGAGAAGUCAGUGUCCUUCACAGCUGGAGAGACGGCCACUCUGCGCUGCACCAUGACCUCCCUGUACCCCGUGGGGCCUGUCCUGUGGUUCAGGGGGACAGGGCCAGGCCGGGAGUUAAUCUACAAUUUCAAAGGCCACUUCCCCCGAGUAACAAAUGUUUCAGACAACACAGAGAGAAACAACAUGGACUUUUCCAUCCGCAUCAGUAACAUCACCCCAGCAGACACUGGUACCUACUACUGCGUGAAGUUCCGGAAAGGGAGUCCUAAUGUGGAGGUUAAGUCUGGACCAGGCACCCAGCUCACCGUGAGUGCCAAACCCUCUCCCCCCGUGGUAUACGGCCCCACCGCGAGGGCCCUGCCCGAGCAGACAGUGAGCUUCACCUGCGAGUCCCACGGCUUCUCCCCCAGAAACAUCACCCUGAAAUGGUUCAAAAAUGGCAAUGAGCUCCCAGCCUCCCAGACCAACGUGGACCCAGAGGGAGACAGCGUGUCCUACAGCGUCUCCAGCACAGCCCAGGUGCUGCUGGCCCCGGGGGAUGUUCGCUCCCAGGUCAUCUGCGAGGUGGCCCACGUCACCCUGAAGGGGGUCCCUCCUCUUCGUGGGACGGCCAACUUGUCUGAGACCAUCCGAGUUCCGCCCACCUUGGAGGUUUCCCAGCACCCCAUGGCAGGGAACCUGGUGAACAUGGUCACCUGCCAGGCGAACAAGUUCUACCCCCGGCACCUAAAGCUGACCUGGUUGGAGAACAGAAACAUGUCCCGACAAGAAACAGCCUCAACCCUCAUAGAGAACAAGGAUGGGACCUUUAUUCAGAUGAGCUGGCUCCUGGUGAACUCAUCUGACCACAAGGAGGAUGUGGUGCUCACCUGCCAGGUGGAGCAUGAUGGGCAGCCGGCGGUCACCAAACACCUUACCCUGGAGGCCUCUGCCCACCAGAAGGUGCAGGACACAGGUGGAACCACUGGCCGAGAGCUGUCCACUGCACCUCUGGUUGUCCUCCUCCUAGGCACGAAGGUGCUGCUGGCCAUCGGGGUCUCUACCAUCUAUGUCCAGAGGAAGCGGAGGGCCUGACUUGCCAUCAAACAUUCAACACUGAGGCCAGCCCCGUGGCUUAGCAGCUAAGUUCGCGCACUCCACUUCAGCAGCCUGGGGUUUCACCUGUUCAGAUCCUGGAUGUGGACCUAGCACCGCUCAUCAAGCCAUGCUGAG